AAGUGAUAAAAAAAAACUCAUAAUUAAAAAAAAAUGGGGGAGUCAUCUUCUAAGAAGGGCCUCAUCGCCGCCGUGGCCUCCGUUCUCUUGGUGGCGGCCAUCGUUGCCGCCGUCGUCACCACCAGAGGCAGCAGCGAGGAGUCGCCGGAUAUAGGAUCCACCACUAAGUCGGUAGACUCGAUCUGCGCCCCGACGAUGUACCAAGACACGUGUCGCGCCAGCCUCGCCGACGCCAACACGACCGAUCCCAAGCAGCUCAUCCAAAGGGCGAUCGACGUCGCCAUCGACAAAGUCGGCGGCGCUCUCAAACAAUCCAAUCUGCUCAAGGAGGCCGCCGCCGAUCCGAUGACGAAAUUGGCGUUCGAUGUGUGUCGGGAGGUGCUCGAGACGGCCGUCGGCGACCUCAGGCGAUCGGUCGAUCGGAUCGGCGCCAUCGACGAACCCGGGAUGUUGAAGGGGUUCAUGGCCGAUCUGCGGACGUGGCUGAGCGCCGUCAUCACUAAUCAGGACACCUGCGUCGACGCCUUCGAGAACACCACCGGCGACACGGGCGAGAAGAUGAAGAAGCUUCUGAAGACCGCCCGGGAGCUGUCGAGCAACGGCCUCGCGAUGGUGACGGAUAUGUCGGAGUUCGUUGAGACUCUGCAGCUCGGAGAUUUAUUCGGUAGCCGGAAACUGAUGGCGGAGGCGGAAGGCGAGGGUUUCGUCAACCGGCGGCUGCUUCAGGCCACCGCGCUGUCGGUGAAGCCGACGAUCGUGGUGUCGAAAGACGGCAGCGGGAAGUUCAAGCGCAUCAGCGACGCCGUGGCUUCGCUGCCGAAGACUCCUCCUAGCCCUUCCUUCGUCGUGAUCAAAGUCAAGGGCGGCGUGUACCAGGAGAAUGUCGACAUUCCCAAAGGGCUUAACAAAGUUGUGCUCAUCGGCGACGGGCCCACCAACACCAAGAUCACCGGAAAAAAGAGCGUCAAGGGCGGUGUCCCGACCUAUAGCACCGCCACACUUAUCGUGAGCGGCGAUGAUUUCGUGAUGAAGGACAUCGGCGUCGAGAACACGGCGGGGCCGGAAGGCAUGCAAGCCCUAGCCGUGCGAAUCUCCGGCGACCGGGCCGUCCUCUACAACGUCAAAAUGGACGGGUAUCAAGACACCCUCUGCGCAGAUAUCUACCGCCAGUACUACAAGAACUGCAUCAUCUCCGGCUCCAUCGACUUCGUCUUCGGUAACGGCCUCACCCUCUUCCAGGACUGCACGUUCGUCACGCGAAAGCCCGGCCCGGGGCAGGAAUGCGCGGUGACCGCCCACGGCCGGGCCGAUCAGAACAGCAACACGGCCAUCAUAAUCCAGAACGGGAAGUUCACGGCCGAACCGGCCCUGCUCGAGGCCAAGCCGCCGGUCCAGUCGUUCCUGGGCCGGCCGUGGAAGGUGCUGUCGAGGACGAUCAUCAUGCAGUCACACAUCGAGGCCUUCAUCAACCAGUCGGGCUGGGCCAAGAUGAUCGGGGACAACGGGAUCAACACGUGCUUCUACGCCGAGUACGGGAACCGGGGGCCCGGGUCGAACACCGCGAACCGGGUCAAGUGGAAGGGCAUCCGCACCUUGACCGGGGAGCAGGUCCAGAGCUGGACCGGCGGAGUCGUCUACGGCCCCGGCGGCGACAAGUGGAUCAAGGAAUCCGGAGCUCCGUACGUGCCGGCGAUGAUGAAAGUUUAGUUUUAGCUUAAUUGCUUAGGUUUAGAUUGAUUAAUUAGCUGCGCGUUGGAUUUGUGAUGAUUCAAUGUUGUUUCUUGUAAAUUGUGAUCGUGUGAUCAUUUUUAGGAUUGUUGUAUAAUUUUUUAGUUAAGUGAUUAGUAUAAAUAAUUUAUUUUUAUUU